UGCCGUUUCUUCGGCGGCUUUGAAGGCGGCAAACAUGAAUAAUGGCGUGCGUGUUGUGGUGUUUUCGGCAUGGUGUAAAAUGUAAACAAUCGAACUGUCAGUGAGAAUUUUCGCCGCUGGAUUCCGUCACCAGUGUCACCACCUAGUUCUGCUAUCAGGUUCCAAAGAUGUCCUUCUAUGUUGAUUUGAAUAAAAAGCGGAGCAACACACUGGACCAGUUUGAGGCGGAGGCGCAAUCUUUCAAUAGAAAGUUGAAUUCUCUUGAGAAACGAUUGCAAGAUUGUCUGCGAAAUGGUCACGCCUCAACUUGUAUGUGUCCAUGGAAUGAAAAGGAGAUCAAACCAAAUGAAUCUCCUCCGCUGCUGCUGAGCGCCGCCGCGACGUACCAAGCGCCGAGUCAGCGCCGCUGUCACAUGCCAGCACCAGAUGUAUUAACUGUGCCAGCAAACCGGACGAUUAUCUCGAGCACCUUCUUCGAACAGGACGUACGCGUCAGUGGCGUUCCGAAACCUGCGGCCCUGAUUGCCCUGAAUCCCUUUGACAUCACCCCCGAGCCAUUCAGAACCUCCCCAGCCCUUCUGUCUUUUGACCCAUCUUCAAUAUCUUUGGGCCUAGACACUCCUCCCAAACCAAAAAAGUCGCCUACCAAAUGUCACCAAACGCAGACGGAACCGUUCGAUUUCCGUCAACCUUUGGACGAAGAAGAAAAUCAAAGGGUUGAAGACUUUGAUGAGGAGGAAAAAGUCCAAGCUCCGCCGGUUUUCAUCAGCAAUGGACCGUCAACUCGCAGACAACCGAAAGUUGCAAAAGUUAUCAGCCCUCCAACUAGAGACCAGCCGAGGAAAGUCACCCCCGUUGCGAACGUUGUGAAGAAACGACCUCUCAACGUGCGGAAGCCCAAAAUCAAGACUUCUCGGGAGGCGACGGUUCCGAGCCCAGACGAAAAUCUCUUCAAAUCAUCCCUGCCCAGAUACCUGGUGUCCUCCAAGGCCACAAGAAAAACGCCCUCGCCGCCUCCGAAGCCCGUAAAAAAUAAACCAGAAAUCACUCCCUCGACGUGGCGACAAGAUUUGAAAAUCCUGAAGGAAAUUAAAACGACGGAAAAUCAGAACAAGAACAAUGACGUUUACAGCGAUGAUUUCGAGUCUGAGGAUGAGAAGGACAACGCGGAAAAUAAGCAGAAUAGGCAGGAAAAGCCCAAGAAAACACCAGUGAGAUUUGUCUUCAAAGCCAAGUCUCCUCCAGCACCAAAAAUGCCGGAGCCCAAGGUGAGGCACUACGACCCUGUGCAGGUGAAAAAGUACAUCAGCCAACAGAGACGACAGCGACUGCAGGAAAAAAGCAAAAUUGAAAAGGACAAGCAAAACAAGGAGGAGAAAACCAAGCAGCAACUUUUCCAACUGCAGAACAGAACGAAGCAAAUACUAGAGGCGAACGUGAAACAAAGCAAGCAUACCCAGGAGGAACACAAAUCUGCAGAGGAGAAAUACUUUUCCCAGUCUCCAGUUGUGAUGAAAGACUUGCAGUUGAAUUUCAACAAUUUGAAGUCGCCGUCCGUCUCGAGCAGGCACUCCUCAAUGCGGGAGUCAAGCAACAACAGAUUGUCUGAUGAAUUCAUUAAAGACUUUGUCAACCUUCAUCAGCCUCGUCCAGCCCACCAGGAAAUCCUCAGCCGAACUAAUUUACUGAUGGACGAAGUCUCAACCUGCAUCAAGGCAAAUUCAGCAGCCACAAAAAUCCAGGCUGCCUUUCGAGGGCAUCUUGUCCGAAAGCGAAUGUCUCGGAGAGUAAAACAGAGCGUGAAGGCUGCACCGCCGAAAUUUGUGCCUUCUUUUGAGUUCCUGGAAAAGUGCCUGAGAGAAACCAAGCCGGACCCUUUCAGUUUUAUCCAAACCGUGAAAAGAAAAUUGUCUGAAGCGGCCAAUUUGGGUGCUGAAAAAAUCAAACUGAAAUCACCGGAAAAAAGCAAAUCAGAGGAGGAAAACAAUAAGUACGAAAGUGACUUUGAAAGCUCCGACCUUUCCAUUUCUCCGAGCGAGGAAAUCAUCAUAGGCUCCGAUUCAAGACCAGGUUCUCGUCAUUCUCUGGUGUCAAUUACACCAGACCGGAAUGAGGAGAUUUCCAAAAUAGCGGCCAAAGAGUCGUCGUCGUCAGUGACGUCCGUCAGUUCACCCUCACAAUUGGUGCCGCCCAAUGUGGGUUUGGUUGUUCAGGGGGACGUUUUGAAUGGCCAGAGACCGGCUUCGGGCCCAGAAGGUCAGUCUGCAAGUUCUGCCAGCACAAUCAGUUCCUCGUCAAUACAGUCAGAAGUGUCUGCCAAGUCCGUGGAGAGGAGUCAAGGAGACGCUAAAAUGGUCUCGUACACAGUCUACCAAUCUGGAAGGAAAACCAUCAAGGUGCCGCACCUCAAGAAGCCGGCCAUGAAUCUCUUUGAGACGCCGCCGGUCAGCGAAAUCAGAGCCUGCUUCCAGAACAAGAGCAUUGAGGAGCUCGAAGCCUCCAUCAUAGCAGGCUUCACCAGGCUAGGAGAGGAAAUGAAUGCAACGAGGGCUCUUUUUAACUUGCCCCUGCCAUUGAUGGAGCCUCCGAAAAUUUCUCCCAAAAAACCCCCAACGCUUCAAGACGUCUUGCCUCAGUUGACAACAACCUUGGAAAAUAUUUGCUUAGUCGUUCCUAAAUUGACUGAAAAAGCUCAGAAUCUCAUUCCGAAAUCUCCGUCGAUUGAUGAGGAAGGAACGGAAGGGGACGAUAUUGACGAUAUCAAGGAUGAUUCAGAAAUUUCGUCAUCAACAAUCACAGAGGACAAGAAGGAUGCUGAAGUGAUUUCGGAGAAAACGUCUUCCGGUGGUUUACCAAGAGUAACGGAAGCCAUCAUGGAGUUUGAGAUGAGUGUGCAAUCAGCCCAAGGCAGCUUAAAAAUUUUGGCUGAACAAGAAUCUGUUGAAGAGAUUAGUGAACGAGACUAUUCAUCAAAGUUUGAGGAGGAAAGUGAAAUUGCCGAAGAUUUGCCACCUGGAAGUGACACACCUACUGUGUCUGAUGUCCUGACAGAAAUUAAUGGACAAGAUCGACCUCAUAGACUAUCAAAGUCUAAAAGUUUGAGUUCGACCAAGGAUUCUCCAAAAUACUCCUCUGGUGGGAGUGGAGGAGACCAAGAUUCGUUCACAGUUUUCUCUUUGGCUAUGUUUCAGCAGCUUGUGAGAGAUCAGGAGCUGCGAGCUCGUCAACAGAGAGCUCUCUUGAAACAGCGAGAGGAUGCAAUUUACGAAAAGAGCAAAGCUGAGCUCAUUUUUUUAGAAAAUCAGAAAAAGGAGAUGCGUCUUCAGGGGACUGAGAAUUUGAUACCAGGGAUAAAAAAGCGGCAAAGGGCAAUCCUUUUGCGUUUGAACCAAGAGAGGGAUGAAAUCAAAAGAUUGCGUGAAUCCCACAAAAUUGCUUCACAGGAGAGGAAGCUGAUGUUGCAGCAGCAGCACCACAUUGCCAAAAUGAAAUUGGCAGCCAAGGAAAUCGCUCACAAACUUCACGGGAAAGACCUCUCCACUAAAUCUCAACGCCUGCUGGAGCCAUCUCGAUGGGCAGUUCCCGAGCUGAGCGAAGAAGAAAGUAGUGGAGCGUCGAUCUCGUUGGACACAAGUGACCUUUCCCAGAGCAAAGCAAGUUCAGGAGCUGAGGACACAGGGACUGGAAGCUUGAGAGAUGUGCUUAACGGAUUGAAAAGGGGAGAAAAAGGAAAAAGGCAGUCUGAAUCAAAAGGCAAGGAAAAGGCUGCAAAGUUGCAAAAACAUGACACAAAGCAAAGUGCUUACAAUGACCAAAGUACUUCUCCAGUUCAACCUUCUGUUGAAGUUACUCAGAGUGCAACAAUUCCUGAAUCGAUUGACAGUGCUCAAGAAUCAAAUCAGAUUGUUGUCCGAACUGAUUCUGAAAUUUAUGAGCCACAAAGUCCGACACCAAUCGAAGUUUCCUCCUUGGAAGCAGCAACAAAAGACUUAGAAGUAAGUAAGGAGGCGAGUACCAUUGCUACCCAACAAGAGGCGUCUUCUUCGGCUCAAGAGUUGUCUCAGGAGAGCAGCGCCAAGAGCGUGAAGACUCCUAUUACAAUCAAAGUGCCCCUGUCCCCACGCCUGCACAACCGACAAAAGAGACGACAUUCGAGUGGAUCAGAUGAAUCCAUAGUCCUUUCACAGAAUGAAACUGCUUCGGAGCAAAGCGACGUUGAGAGUCGGAUUUGCGCACUCCAGGAGCAACUGAGGAGGCGCAAAAUGGAGGCUGAGAGACUGCGAAAAGAACAGAAACGAUGCCACAGAGAACGCCUGAGGGCCAAGGAGCAAUCCCUUUUGAAACAAAUUCAAGCAUAUGACACGUACAUCCAAGAAACAAGACGGGAACUCGAACAGGAGUUUGAGAAUGGCAACAGCGUCAAGCCGCAAAUCAAGCAUCCCCGAGUGGCUGAAAAAGUGCGCCCGGUGAAAAUGGACAAUUUUGAAACAGUGGUUGCGGAGGUCAAGAUCACUGAGCAAUUGAAGAUUGUUGAAUCUGAAAUUAAAGAGGUGUCAACACAUGAAAGCUCAGAAGUGAAGGAGGAACUCUCUGCCAACGUCAAAAGCACUGAAAGUGAAAAAGUUUCAAGUCCGCCAGAAGUUCUGAGUGAGGUUGAAGUCAGCGAAGAAAGUGAAAUUAUCAAAACUGAGGUGGAAGACGAAGAGUCAACAGUCGAAAAUGUGUCAGAGGAGAAAGAAGAGGAAAAAAGUGAAGAGAGAACCAUGACCCCUGAAGUUCUUGACCAAGAUUUGACGCCAGUCCUUACUUCCGAGAACAUUCCUGACAUUCCAACUGAUUUAAACGUCUCUAAACUGGAAACUGCUAAGACCCUCGAAGAAGAAGAAGAAGAAGAUGCAGAGGACACAGUUAACGAGGAAACUCUUAUUUCCGAAGCAGUUGACGAAGCAUUGGCAAAAUGUGAAGCAGUCAGUCCUGUGAGCAUCGAAGGCUCACAAGCCAGUGUUGAGACAACAAUCGAAACUCCGCGAAAGUCCUCAUCAGUCUCUGAAAUUGUUGAGGAGCAGCAGAUUUUGGCCAGCGUCGCCAGCCUGAAGAAAAUCGUGGACGAGGAAGAAGUGGACAAAAUCACAGACUGUUUGAUGAGGAGGCUGCUCGAAGACACUCUCCGUCUGGCCCAAGCAGACCGGGAGGAGGGGAAGGAGAAAAGUCUGCGGGAGGAGUUGGAGGUGGUGACAGCGGAAACGGUUAAAGAGCCAGAGCCAGAGAGGGUCAAGUCCAUUAGUCCGCCGACCAGCAGCAUCUUGGACCGGGUGCAUUCGCUGCUGGCGGAGAACGGCGCCGGCUCGCCCAGGGACAAGAACAGGCCCCAAGACUUCAUGGGACUGACUUUUGUUGAGGACUCGCUUUCUCCAGAGCCAGGGUUUGAGGUGCCUGGAGUGUGUGAAGAAAUCCUGUCUGCAGCUUCGCCCAUCGUGAUUUCGCCGCCAACUUCGCUUCAAAAGGUGGAUCUGCAGGAGGGUCUGAAAGAGGACAAGACUGAGGCGGCGUCCAAAGAGGAGCCGGGCAAGGACGACCCUGCGCAGGAGUGGUUCGACGAAGACUUUGGACUCAGCAGCACCCGCAAAGAGGCCGAACAACUCAGACUCAAGCAGCUCCAAAUUGAGCAGGAGAUUCAACUACUGCAGUCGCAGCAGUUCUCAUAUUGCUAUGUGCGCGAAAUUCCGAACAAGCCACCACCGCCGUACACCCCUCCGGGCGAAACGCCGCGCAGCCAGGAUGACGACUCUCUGUCAGUGGCGGUGCCCAACACCAAGGAGGAGAUCCUCCCUCUGGUGCUCACUGCCACUGAGAGGUUUUACCACGCCAGACUCGCUGGCAGAGACCUCGGCGCGGUCCAGCCGCUGGUGACAGAGAACGAGGACCCCAACGAGCCGCACGCCAUUUAUAACAGAUUCUUGUCAGACCUUGGAAAACAACUUGUUGAAGAGGCGUACAGCCUGCCAGAAGAAAAUCUGUCUCCGUGGUUGGAGCCGGCGUCGGUCAAGCGACGGAAUGAACUCCUGCGCCCGAAAAGUCUGCAGGAGUUGCAGUUGCGGGUGGAGAACCAAGUGUGCAAUCUUUUCGGCUUCACCGAGAGACGCCGGAAGGAAAAGCUCAUCAUUCGGUGGAGCCGAAAGCGGCGCGACCACGUGGACGAGUUGCUGGUGCGGGAGGCGCAAGAGGAGGAGCAGGCGUGGACCAACUACGAGAUGGACGAGGCGGCCGUCAAGAGCCAGCUGGUCGACACCAUUUUCAAUCAGGUGCUCAGAGACACCGUUGCCGAGGUGGAGAAAGAGUUCCGACAAAAGUACGGCCAGAGUUGAUCGAAAUGACAAACGUGACAAUGAAAGAGAAUCGUAAAUGUCUUUAUUAGCAUUUCGGGGCUAAAGUAAACACCGUCAUAUCAAUUCAAUGCCGUCACACAUAAAAUCUCUCAAAUUAAAUAGAACAAAAAUACAAUACAAUUUUUCCCAAAUAUUUUCUCAUCAAAUGUAUUUUAUAAUAAUAUCUCUCAUUGUAAAAAAUGAAUCUCUCUGCUAUCAACUACUAUGACACAUAAGUAUAUACGUUUCACAAUUGUCACGUUCCUGUACGGAGGACACCACACUUGGGAAAACUAUCGCUAUCAUUCUGUGGAAUGCUUGGCAUUUCUCGAUUAAAAAUAAUUAUUACUCUGUGUUGCAUUGCCCUGAGAACGACUUUUGUCGGCGUCACACAAAAAUACUCGUCGGAAGAAGGUGUCUCUAUCGUAAAAUGGCAUAUCAAAAAAUAUUCGAGUUGAGCAUCUGUUACAAAAGAAGAGAGUGCGAAGAGGUGGAGUGCCUACUCAUGCACAUAAGUGGCGUUGAUGGCCGACGGUUGCAAAAUGACUAAACUCUGGUAGCCCUCUUGCCCGGCAAACUCGCCCAUUGCGUCGCCAGCGGUCAUAAUCGAGAUGGCCUGACCCUGCAUGGCCUCUGGCAAGAAGAUCACUGCGAAGAGAAAACAAAAUAUUAAUUGAAACCAAAGACAAUUUUUCCCCUGAAGUAAAGCGGCCCUUGUUUAAAAAAUAAUGUAAUGAGUUGUGAUAAUCCUUGUUUGCUUGUGUUUUGUGUUUUAACAAACGGACGAAUGAUUACAUAGAUUGUGUAUUAAAAAUAAGCAGAUCAUUCCAAUAAUGAAGAGUUUUUACUAAAAUUGAAA